UCUAUCGAUAUCACUGGGAGACUCGUUUCCUGUGUGUGCACCUCCGCCAAGCCGAGCAAGUCACCGGCGGCACCAAGCCAAUGGAGGGUGCGAGGGGAUACCGGGGGAUGCCGGCGUUCGGGGAAUGGAACUACGGCGACGGCUACGACUGGUCCAUGCUCGCCCAGCGCUUCGAGUCUGCGAUGCACGCCCAGUUUCCCGUACACAAAGCCUGCAAGAGAGCGAGGGCAGGGCGCAUGAGGCGCAUCCCAGCGUUCGGAGAGUGGAACAACCACGGUGAUGGUGACGACGGUGGCUGGACGGCGGCCGUCGUCAACCACUGCUUCGAGCCUGUCACGGCACACACAUCACUCAAGCAGGAAUUCAUUGGUUACGACAGUGGCGUCGUCGCCAUGGGGAAGCAGCAGCACAAGGUGGCGAGGCAAACCUGGGCGGCAGACACUGGGCCCCACGCCGCAAUGGAACCGUUCUCCUUCGCCGUAGUCAAGGCUAUUGACGACGACCUGUAUGAGGUCCCAUCGGAGUCCUGUGCGGCAAGCGACUACAGAAGGGUAGGACGUGGCUGAGGAGCCUGCUGAUGAGGUGUUGCGGCCUCAAUUGCUUCGCCUACUGAAUGCCGCUGAGGGUUCACGUUGGUACAUGUUUUGAUGGAACGAUAGAUGAACUACACGAUGUGGUUGCCUGUCCUAGAGAAUGUAACUAUGUAAGAUGGUAGUAGUGGGUUGAUGACUUAUAUAUUGGUUAUGUAUUUUCAUUCAUUUAUGUUAUGUAUGAGCAAAACAA